ACCACUCAAGAGUUAACGUUUAUCCCUUUUAGACUCAUAAAAUAUAAAGCUCAAUAUUGCUCAUAUAAUGUAUAUUUUGUAUAUGUAAAGUGUAGACCACAACAUAUGGACGCCUAGUUUAGAUAAAUUUCAUACAUUAUGAUGGAUGAAAACAUGAAAGGAAGGUCAUUUCCAGCCUAUGAUAAUUGCUAAGAGAUUAAGUCAACUUACACAAACAGAACAAUUCAUUAACCCAUACCAUUGUCAUAAAUUUUUGUUAGGUGAAUACUUCUAUACUAAUCGUAAGAUAAUUGUCUUAGUUGCAGGUAUUUUUGUUAAGGGUCAACUAUAACUAAGUGUUGAUUGUUAUGUUUUAUUCAUUAUAUAAAUUGCGAAUUGUUGCAUUAACCGAAAAAUUUUCAUCGUCAAUGAUAAUGUGAUUUUAUAUUGGUUAAUCUGGUUAACCAAUUAACCAAACCGAUUAAACUUUAGUUUGGUUAAUUUGGUUGUUGUAUUAGUUUGGACGGUUUUGUUAUGAUAUUGUAUUCCAUGGUUAAUGGAAUUUAGCCUUAUUUAGUUUGGUUAUAACCAUGGUAACCAUUUGAACACCUCUAUUGCUAGCCUUUUGCUGUCAGGGUUAAUAGGCCAUAAUUGUUGGUUGUGUAUGCUCGAUAUCGUCUCUAUUUGUCAAGCGAUUUUUAUUCACCCAGCCAGUUGGUCUGGUCCGAUUCGAUUGAAAAUAACAAAACUUAAGAUGCAUCCACCCACCGUACACUACACUUUGCACAAUUCCUAGGGGUCGUUUGGACGUGGAAAUGCAAUGCAGUAAUUGGACCCAAAUACCACAUAACGCAGUAAUUGGGUUUAAAACCCACGUUUGGGAGAGCAAAAAGGGUAUGGGAAUUGGACCAUGGAAAUUGGCUUCAAUUACCACAUUCAUGGUAAUUGAGAAUACUACACCUCCCCCUAGUAAUUUGACAUUACCACGUUUUCUUACUUCUUUUUCCAAAUUCCACACCAUCAAUUCCCACAAAACUAAACCCUAUCCAAACGUGAAAUUUUUUUCAAUUUCCACAAGUCAAUUCCUUGGUUUUGUAAAACAUGGAAAUUCAGACAAAUUCCAACGUUUUCAAAUUUCCACAUCCAAACGACCCCAAGUCACCCGGCAGGCAUGUCCAGUUCGGGAGGAUCAGAAUAAAAAAAAAAAAAAAAGUAAAUACAAUAUAUAUUCCAACCUUUUAAACUUUUUAAAUUAAUAGCCAAACCUUUCAAAAUACAAAAUAGGGUUAAUUGCAAGGAUGGUCACUGGAUUUACUAAAACUGUUCAUGUUUGGUCACUGCAAAUAUUUAAUUCCAUUCAUGGUCACUAAGAUUAGUUCAAUAGUUCAAGCUCGUCCAGGCCUCCCCUCUUUACUGUUCAAACCUUAGCCCUUUCUCAUUCAUAUUUCCGGCUCCGCCAAUGACGGCGAUGGCGUCCACAGCAGUAGCAAGUUCUUCUUCUUCUCCUCCUCCGUACACGGGGCGGUGGGAUUACGACGUGUUCGUGUGCUUCAGAGGGGAUGACAUUCAGGAUAAUUUUAUGAGCCACCUUGAGAAAGAUCUGUCUAAAAUGAAAAUCAAAACCUUCGUCGACACCCAGCUCAAAGUAACCCAGGAAAAUCGACAAACUCCUCUCCAUCCUCAGAGGAACAGCGAUUUCGGUGGUGAUAUUCUCCAAAAACUUCGCGAAUUCGUCCUAGUGCCUUGAAGAAGUGGCCACCAUUGUCGAAAUCACUAAAAAAUUCGGGCACAAAACGCUGCCGGUUUUCUUUCGGGUGGAUUGGACCACCGUGGCCAGGGACGACGACCAUUCGCCGGCCCCUAAUGAAAAAAACAUCAGGUGCAUACUUGGUAACCAAAAUGAUAUUAGCUUCUGAAUGAAUUCAACGUUUCAGGCUGGACCGGGUCGACGAACUUGACCCGGUCAGAGAGCGCAGCGGCGGCGAGGGAUUUGGUCAUGAGCGCAGCGGCGGUGGUAAGUUUUAUUUUUAUUUUUUAAUAGUUGUAAAAUGAGGUGUAAAUUGUAAAUAUUUAUAUUUUAUUAUUUUUUUAAUGGCCACGUCACUCAUUUAACGGUCAACUAUAAUAGUUGACUGCCACAUCAGCAAAAACUAACGGAAACUAACGGAGAGUCACCAAACUUGAACUAUUGAACUAAUCUUAGUGACCAUGAAUGGAAUUAAAUAUUUGUAGUGACCAAACAUGAACAGUUUUAGUAAUCCCAGUACCAUCCUUGCAAUUAACCCAUACAAAAUAUUAGUCAAAUGUUAACUUCUCGUUAGCAAUUUUGUUAGUAAUAUUGACUUUAUAACAUGAUAUUGACUUGAAAGAUACACAUGGGAGUUUACAUUCUAAAAUUUUAGUAUUUUAAUUGAGAAAAAAAUUACAAAAUCACCAACGGUAACAAACAAAUGGCUAAUAUUUUGGUGCAUUACCAAAGAUUUAGCUAAUAUUUUGUAUUUCGUAAUAAUUUAUAAAGUUUAAA